UGUUUUCAGCCAAAAUUAACCGAAAUUUCAGCAACUUUAUUUUUAAUUGAGCAAAGUGCCAUUGCUUUUGAUAAAGGUUUAUGCUGAUUACAGGAGUUCACAUACUCACAACGACCAGUCCCAAUAGGAAAGCGCCAACAAAUGCAAUAGGUCAUAAAAACUACGAAACUUCAUAAAAACGAAUCAACUUCUUAUCAGAAGAAACAACAACAAAAGACUAGAGCGGAGAAAAACAAUUGCUGGCGGAAUCUCUGACGUGUCACAAGUGCUCAAAAGAACAUAACGGAAAUGUGCGGCGCACCCAGCACAGCUGUCGGCAAUGGCACUCGUGCCCUCAUCUUGGUCGGUGGCUAUGGUACCCGCCUGCGCCCGCUCACCCUCAGCACACCCAAGCCCCUGGUGGAGUUUGCCAAUAAGCCGAUUCUGUUGCACCAGCUAGAGGCACUUGUCGAUGCCGGGUGCCGUCAGGUCAUACUCGCCGUCAGCUAUAGGGCUGAGCAAAUGGAGAAGGAGCUGAAGGUGGAGGCUGACAAACUGGGCGUGGAACUGAUAUUCUCACAUGAAACGGAGCCCCUAGGUACUGCUGGACCCCUGGCCCUGGCCAAAUCGAUACUGACUGCCAGUCCGGAGCCCUUUUUUGUGCUCAACUCGGAUGUGAUCUGUGACUUCCCCUUCAAGCAGCUGGUGCAGUUCCAUCGAAAUCACGGCAAAGAGGGGACCAUUGUCGUGACCAAGGUGGAGGAGCCCUCCAAGUAUGGUGUGGUGCUGUACGACGAGGACGGCUGCAUCAAGAACUUUAUCGAGAAGCCGCAGGAGUUUGUUAGCAACAAAAUCAAUGCCGGCAUUUACAUCUUCAAUCCAUCGGUGCUCGAGAGGAUUGAGGUGAGGCCCACAUCCAUCGAAAAGGAGGUCUUUCCGGCCAUGGCCGAGCAACAGCAGCUAUACGCCAUGGAUCUGACCGGCUUCUGGAUGGACAUUGGACAGCCCAAAGACUUUCUUACAGGCAUGUGCCUCUACCUGAGCUCGCUGCGUCAGAAGCAAUCAACGAAGCUGUACACCGGACCAGGAGUCGUGGGCAACGUACUGGUGGAUCCCACAGCCACAAUAGGCGAAGGCUGCCGCAUUGGGCCAAAUGUAACCAUCGGGCCGGACGUAAUAAUCGAGGAUGGAGUGUGCAUCAAGCGUGCCACCAUACUUAAAGGCGCCAUUGUACGCUCCCACUCCUGGCUGGACUCCUGCAUCGUUGGCUGGCGCUCGACGGUUGGUCGUUGGGUGCGCAUCGAGGGCAUCACUGUGCUCGGCGAGGAUGUAAUUGUCAAGGACGAGCUCUACGUAAACGGGGGCCAAGUGCUGCCACACAAAAGCAUUGCGGCCAGCGUGCCCGAGCCACAGAUCAUCAUGUAAGCGGGAGGAACGGUGCCCCGCUGUUAGCUGUAGUCUAACUAUGAUUUAGUUUCGUUUCGGUAUUCGACAUUUGUCCACAACAAUUGCCUUCUGUUGCCACCGUCUGUCUAUUAAUUGGAUUCUGUCAAUGAAAGUACUAAUAUUUAAGUCAAACCUUUGCAAUAUUCUAAACAAAGAGCGAAAAACAAUGAGAAACAUUUCCAAUAUUUAGCUUGGCUAUUCUAUAUAAAUUAAGGCUACAUUUCCCCUUGGGGAAUCUUGACUCGUAGUCGUCCGAGUAUAAGUGUAUAAUCAGCCAAACCUUUUUCUACUUUGAUACCAGUAAGCAGAGCGUAAGUUUUGUACUUAUAAUUCUACAAAUUAGACAAAUAUACAUAAAUAUAUAUUAUGAAAA